UCGGUCUGGUAGUAUACGGAAUGAGAGAAAAUGUUUUGGCACACUUUCAUGAAAGCGAAUCUUAACAUAAACAUAUGAUGUUAAAGCUGUACAUCUUUGCAACAAUUUUUUCAUUGGUGUUGUGUACACGACAUCCAGACGGCACCAAAUACACUGAAUGUUCACCAACCGAAACACGAUGCGAAUUUUGGCUUGUCAUAAGAGAAGCAUUGACCAUGAUAUUUCAUAAAGAUUUAGUAUAUGCAGACAAAGGAAACUUAUAUCUCUAUAAUGAACAUCCCGGGAAUUACACUACAGAAGUACCUGUCGACGACGUAAUAACAGCUGACGGUGUUAAUCGAAUGAUUGAGUCAGUAAAUGGAACGCUCCCUGGACCACCGAUUGUGGUCUAUGAAGGCCAAACUGUUGUUGUUCACAUACGUAACACUCUUCUAAGCAACUCUGCAACAAUUCAUUUUCAUGGUUUGCACCAGAAGGAUACAUCAUUUUUUGAUGGCAUGCCAUAUAUCACACAGUGUCCCAUUGCUGCAGGACAGACAUUUACACAUCGAUUCAAGGCAUCGCCAAAAGGUACAUUCUGGUGGCACUCACAUAUUGGUUCGCAAAGAACAAAUGGUGUCUACGGGGCCUUAAUCGUCAAGGAAAGGUAUCCCCCUGGUGUAAUUCCGCCUACAGAUAUGAUCAUGACUGUUGGAGACUGGCACCAUGAACCUGAUAACACGGUUUAUGUAAAAAUGAUUUAUGGCAAUUUCAUUGGUCGAGAUAAAUACGAAACUACAGAUACGUUGGAUGGUGGGCAUUUUAGUGGUGUGCCUUGGGUUUCCGCACUUAUUAAUGGAAAAGGAAGAUAUGUUGACCGACUAACCGGACAAAAAAUAAUGGCACCGCUUACGUGGUUUAAUGUUACCCAGGGCGGUAAAUAUCGGUUCCGUGUAAUUGGCGCAGGUGCUAUUUAUCCACUUCGUGUUUCUGUGGAUGGGCACAUGAUAAAGAUGAUCGCUACUGAUGCAUACGACUUUGAGCCUGUAGUUGUAGAAUCUUUUGUUAUUAAUCCUGGCGAGAGGUAUGAUUUCUUGUUGGAAGCAAAUCAAUCGUAUGGAAACUAUUGGGUGCGAACAGUUAGUAUGGAGGCAAACGUUUCAGGACACAACGCUAAAGCAAUUCUUCAUUACAAACGCGCUCGUGAUGAUGAACCAACUACUGAAAGAAAAAAAUGCACCAAGGAGAAGCCAUGUAAAGUUUUGAACUGUCCUUUUAAUAACUUCCCCGAAGAAGAGCACAUAGAAUGUAUUCGAAUUUCCGAGUUAAAGGCAAACAGAUAUAAUGACCCUGUGCCAGCUUGGGAAAAAGAUUCGGAAGAGCAUUUUUUAAAUUUUGCAUUUCCUGGCGAAAAAGUUACGCCGGGCUCAGUAAAUGGAAGGAAGUUCGAGUAUCCUGGAGUGAAUUCGUUAUUCCAAAGUGGCCAGAUUGGUCAGAUGAAAGAUUUUGAUUGCGCAAAUCAUGAUUGCGGUGACGAUAAGAUCUGCUACUGUCAUUAUCAACUUACUUUACCUUACAAUAAAACCAUCCAAAUGGUCUGGAUGAAUAUGGGUUCAGGAGCUGGGUGGGCACAUCCAAUUCAUAUACAUGGCCACAGUUUUUACUUGUUGAAGCUGGAAUACUCCACCACAGAUAAUAAAACUGGAAAGUUACUAAAACCAACGCCAGAUAUUAGCUGCGGAGGAGGCCUAAAUUUCUGUAACAGUGGUAAAUGGAAAGAUCCUUCCUGGGAAAAUGGAAAUGUUCCUGGGCUCAACUUAAAGGAUCCAAUACGAAAAGAUACAGUGAUUAUACCAACCGGUGGAUAUGCUGUCCUUCGGAUUCGUAGCAACAAUCCUGGCAAGUGGUUUCUCCAUUGUCAUAUUGAAGUGCACGCACUUGAUGGUAUGGGUAUGGUUAUUAACGAAGCUCCCGAAAUUCCGAUAAAUCGUCCGAAAGGAUUUCCGGUUUGUAAUCAUUUUUACGAUGAUCACAGCAGAGAUGUGGAAUACACCGAGAAAGAAAUUAUCAAAGAAGAAUCAAGAGAAAAUAAGACAUCUGCUAAAACUGACACAGUUGAUACAUUAGAAGGUACGGUAGCCUGUCCGAACAGAGACUCCCUUCUUAUCAUAGUUGCUGCUGUUAUGGGUGCGAUCAUUGUGAUACAACUGCUUAUAAUUUUUACCUGUUAUCUGACAACACGACCAAAAGCAGACUCUGGGAAAACGUGAUAAAUCAUACGUUGAUUGUUUUCAUCAAACGCAAAUUUUUUCCUACCUUGACAUGCUAACUUUUGCGAGUUUCGUGCUGGCUCAUAAAAUUAAAUAGACACGAAAAAAUAUCUUUUUUAGCGUCAAA